GGCACGACAAGGCCCCAGAAAUAGAAUAAAUCAUGGUAAAAUAAGCUAAUAAAGAGUGAGGUAAGAGAGGUAUUUCAUCAGAGGUAAAAACGAGUCUAUAACAAGGAGUGGAAAAUGGCUGCCGUAGACAGUGCCUCUCAGUGACCUUAUUUAACAUUAUUACAGCCACCAUUACUACCAUUAUGGGAGAAACUACAUACGUGGUUGACCUUCCUUCAGAAUUUUUCAGUGAAGAAUAAGUAGAGAUAAGAAGAAUGGUAUCUGGUGGUGGAGGGCAAGAAGGAGGAAGAGGAAGGGAUGAGAAGGAGAUAAUGGAGGAAGAGGAAGCUAUCAGAUUGUCUCUCACUCCUCACCUGCACGCUCUGAUGUUGGCCUCUCACCAGCGUAACUCUUGCUGUCCUGUCCUCUUUGAGAGAGCUGCCCCUACCUGGUGGGAUCCCAGAUUUGACAGUGACAUCCUUGAGGGACAGUAUCGGCAGUCAUCAUUGUCGACACUAACUCUGAGGUUCCAAUAUGCUCUUAUAUACAUAUUUGUGAGCACUGUAACCUGGGCAGUUUAUUGGUCAGUCUUGCAGACUACUCAUUGGACAUCGUGCUUGGCUGUUGCCGUGACGUUUGCCAUUGCUUCGGUCUCUCUGUAUAUUUACUCUCGAUCACAGAGCUACAAGAGUCAUCAAGUAGUUGUGUCUGUAGUGAUGACUGUCUUGUUGAUGUUAGUGAGUCUUCUGCCAUAUUCACUGUACCGGUCCUCACCAGAUGACUCUCCUGAUCUCACACCGGUGGCUAUGUUUGCCAUGUGCAUUGAAGUAUUACUGUUGGUGUACACGGUGAUUCCCAUGCCGCUCUACCUCACACUCAUCAUCACCAGUGUCUACUCCAUAACCUUCGAACUUCUUAACGGAUUCAUUGUAGAUCACGAUGCUCUCCAUAUAUGUGUGAGGGUCGGUCUACACAUCUGCAUCCACCUCAUUGGUGCACACAUCAUGAUAAUGACCCAGGUACGUAUGCGCGGAACCUUCAUGAGCAUCGGUCAGUCACUGUUAGUGAGAGGUCAGUUGGAGGUGGAGAAGGCACUCAAAGAAAAGAUGAUCCACUCAGUCAUGCCUCCCAAAGUUGCUGACUGGCUUAUGAGGGAGACUCUUGCUGAUGAUAAUGAUGACGCCACUUAUUAUGGGGAAGAUGGUGCCAUACUCAGAAAGGUGUCAUCACCUCGAGCAUCUCACACUAGUGACAUCCAGACACUCUUCCGACCCUUCAACAUGCACGGCAUGGACAACGUCAGCAUCCUCUUCGCUGAUAUUGUCGGCUUUACACGCAUGAGUUCUAACAAAACAGCAGAACAGCUUGUGGGACUACUGAACGACUUAUUUGGUCGCUUUGAUGUGCUGUGUAAGAAGAACAACUGUGAGAAGAUCAGUACCCUGGGUGACUGUUACUACAGUGUGAGUGGUUGUCCUGAGCCCCGGCCAGACCAUGCACAGUGUUGUGUCAACAUGGGACUCGACAUGAUAGAUGCCAUCCAAGAAUUUGAUACAGAUACCAAAGAAGAUGUUAAUAUGAGAGUUGGUAUACACACUGGUAAGGUGUUAUGUGGCAUUGUGGGAACAAAACGUUUCAAGUUUGAUGUUUGGUCCAACGAUGUUUCUCUAGCCAAUGAGAUGGAGUCAACUGGUCGACCAGCUCAAGUUCACGUCUCAGAAGUUACCAUCAAGUUCUUGCCCAAAGAUACUUACAUUACUGAGGAAGGUCCUCAAGUUAAAGGACUGAACACGUACUUUAUUCUGGGUUUUGUAAAUAAGCAAGUGAGUGUGGACACUCUGGGAAGUUGUGAUGACCAGUACACAACUCUUAAUGAAUCCAAGGACAGCAAAAAAGCUUCAAGUUUGCCCAAUAUACUAGACUGUGGAACAGAGUCGGACGGAAAUGGUAACACUAAAAUUAAGACCAUGACUGGCGGUGGGACAAAAUUUCGUCGCUCUUUAGCACCAGCAAUUGAUCUUCCACGUCUAAGACUUCCCAGACUUUACAGAAACACUGAUAAAGCUAAGGCAAAAACUACAUCUCUGCCCAAAAUUGGCAGCAAAAAUGAUAACAAUCUCAAGUCACUUGACUGGUGUGACUUAUGGAGUGGGAUUGGCAGUGGGCUGACAGGUGUUAGUGAAGGGUAUUUCAACAGCCCCACAAUGUUCACCUCGACCAUCAACACUGCUCCCCCAAUGCUCACCCAGGCACCAGUCCCCCCUCCUCCUACACCCAACGCACCUUCUCCGCCUGACACGCCCAUCACUCCACAAACACCCAGGGAUGUUCUUCACAACUCUUGGGGAAGCGUUUCAGAAAAAGAUCCCAGGAAAGACUCUGGGAUUCGCAGCAGGAGAUCAAGCAUACAGGCGCAGCUGUUUGCUAUUAAUGGUAUGAGUCCAGGAGACUUAUUGACGCAUCGUGUUAGUGGUUACUACACAUCCAGUCAGUCCUCUGUUGUCGACCAUAAGUUUGUUGAUAUGGGUGAGAGUGGGUGUGGAGCUGAGCCAUGCAGUAUUCCCCUCAAUGAGAGUCUGACACGCUUCCAUCAGCUGCGUAAACAGUCAGAUCUUCAAUUAAUCAAGUGCAUGCAACAAGCUGAAAAUCAUCGACAGUAUAUCGAGGCUCCGCCACUUUCUCACACGACUUUAUUCUUUGUGGAUGACGAACUUGAAAAGCAGUAUCGGCAGCAGGCUCACAAGCCAAGACACGACUCACCACCCACCUUAGUGUCAACUCAUUUUAAUACUUACUUUGACAUCUUGGUUAGUGCACUCGUAUACAUAGUAGUAACUAUCUCUCUUUUUAUGUUAUUUCAAUACACACUAGGAUGGUUAGUGUUGUGCCUUGUAUCAACUUGCUGGCACUUACUCUUGUUGGUACUGUGUUCGUCACAAGUGAUGCGUCGAGAAAAUACCGGCACGUCGUCACAGAUCUAUGCAAAACUAACGCGUUGGCAUCCUUGGCAUAUUUGUGGUGCGUCUAUAAUUUGUCUGCCUCUUGCAGCAGUCAUGUCUAACUUUUCCUGUAGCCUUUCAGAUCUUGAUGGCACAAAGACAUUCUUCUGUUACCUUACAUUUGUGUCUUCAAUACAUUUAUGCAACUUCACACAGCUAAACUGCUGGAUGAAAAACAUACUAGCAACUAUUGGUAUAGUAAUAUUACUGGUGCUUGUCUCACCAUCCCUGUGUCUACAGGCUAGUCACAUGAAUGAUAACAGAAAUAAUAGCACUUUAUAUAGUGCGGGUGAAAUGAGUGAGUCUUUGGCUCACUUUUCAUACCAAGAGUUAGUAGUUGCCUCAGUCUUGUUAGUGCUCUUAGUAUGGUUUCUAAACCGAGAAUUUGAAAUCAGUUAUAGACUGAGUUUCCAUGGGUCUGUAAUGGCUAUGAAAGAUAAAGUGCAAGUACAGACUAUGAAGAACCAGGCAGAUUGGCUUCUCAACAAUAUUAUCCCACGACACGUAGCUGACUCAAUUAAGACAACUGCAAAAUAUUCUGAGAACCACAAAGAUGUCGCUGUGAUGUUUGCAUCGAUAGUUAAUUUUAACGAACUGUACGACGAGGAUUACCUCGGUGGAAAGGAAUACCUGCGUGUUUUAAACGAACUCGUCGCCGAUAUUGAUGAGCUGCUCUUGCGUCCUGAGUUCAAGAAUAUUGAAAAGAUCAAAACUAUUGGAAGUACUUACAUGGCAGCUUCUGGCUUGGAUGCUAAGGUCAGGCAGAGCAACACUGAUGCUCAUCAACAUAUAUUUGAGCUAAUGGAGUUUGCUUUAGCUAUGCAGAAGGUUAUUGAAGACUUCAAUCAAGAUCUCAUAGAAUUUAACCUCAUUAUUCGCAUUGGACUAAACUUUGGGGACGUAACAGCUGGAGUAAUAGGAACAACCAAACUUUAUUAUGAUAUCUGGGGAGAUGCGGUAAAUAUUGCUUCCCGCAUGGACUCCACUGGGGUUCCAGGACGUAUACAAGUUAGUAACAGGUGUGCAGUAGUCCUCAACAGACGGUAUGAACUAGAAAGACGAGGACAAGUGUUUGUCAAGGGGAAAGAUAACAUGGACGUCUUCUUGCUCAAGGGACGCCGGGAAGAUACAUGAUAAAUAUUUCAAGUGCAGACUUGCACACCCAAUCAUGAUAAUGAUGUAACUAGUUUUUAUCUAAUAUAUUUGCCAUUGCUUUAUUUCAUAAAAUAAAGUUAGCUGUGUUUGGUGGAUAACAAGCUUAAAGAAACUAAGUCAGUGUUGUGGCUGCAACAAUCACAAUCACCUCACAAGUUUGUCUUGCUGUGAUGUUUGAACAAUCACAAACUAAAAGUCAAACAUGAAUAUACUGAGAUCUUUCCUAAAGUUUCACUUCAGCAUAUUUGCUUGGCUAAUAAGUUUUUAUUGUACAUAGCAUAGAUACAGCUAAUUUGCAUAAUCCUAGUGUAUACCAAAGUUGCAAUAUUAUUUGUCAUAAAAUAAAGAUUGCAAGAUAACAGAUCUGGUCGACUAAGCCAGGUGAUACACCAUUUUGUAGAUUAUAUAACCUCAGAUAUAUGUAUGCUCAAAUGUGUGGCACUGGUGGGCAGUCAGUAUGAUGGUGUGGCACUGAUGGGCAGUGAGUAUAUGGUGUGGCACUGAUGGACAGUCAGUAUGAUGGUGUGGCACUGUAUGAUGGUGUGGCACUGAUUGGCAGUGAGUAUGAUGGUGUAGUAUUGAUGGGCAGUCAGUAUGAUGGUGUGGCAUUGAUGGGCAGUCAGUAUGAUGGUGUGGCACUGGACAGUCAGUCAGUAUGGUGUGGCACUGGGCAGUCAGUCAGUAGAUGAUGUGGCACUGGAUAGUCAGUAUGAUGGUGUGGCACUGGAUAGUCAGUAUGAUGGUGUGGCACUGGGCAGUCAAUCAAUAUGGUGUGGCACUGAUGAACAGUCAGUAUGAUGAGGUGGCACUGGGGAGUCAGUCAGUAUGAUGGUGUGGCACUGGACAGUCAGUCAGUAUGAUGGUGUGGCACGGACAGUCAGUAUGAUGGUGUGGCACUGGACAGUCAGUCAUUAUGAUGGUGUGGCACUGGGCACUCAGUCAGUAUAAUGGUGUCAUAUAUCAUGUGGAGAAAAGUUCUCAUAAGCACAAAUUAUAUCUACAUAAUUAAAUAUAUUAUGCUUAAGGUUUUAACGAGAGGCUGUUAACGUAAUGUGUACGAUGGAAGUGUUCCGUGACUGGUUUGUGUGUGUGUCAGUAUAGUGUGUGUCAAUAGUGUGUGUGUCAGUAGUGUGUGUGUCAGUAGUGUGUGUGUGUCAGUGUGUGUGUGCAAUAAGGCUGACAGAUUACUUGGAUUUUUAUCAAGAAGUAUAAGUAACAGGAGUCCAAAAGUUAUUUUACAGCUCUGUACAUCACUAGUAAGGCCUAACUUAGAUUAUUCUGCUCAGUUUUGGUCCCCUUACUACAGAAUGGAUAUAAAUUCAUUGGAGGACACACAGAGAAGGAUGACAAUGUUGAUUUACUAUAUAAGGAAUCUCCUGUAUGAAUUUUCACCCUCUUGAGAGAUGUAGAAUGAAGUGAGAUAUCACCAAAGUGGAUGAUGGAUAUAAACAAAGGUGAUAUUAAUAAAAUACUGAGGAUAUUGAAUCAAGUAAGAACCAGAGAUAACAGAUUUAAGUUAGAUAAAUUUAGAUUUAGAAAGUACAUAGGUAAGUAUUGGCCAAACAGAGUUGUCAGUGCAUGAAACAAUCUUCAAAGUAGGGUAUUCGAGGCUAGAACCUUGGGUAGUUUUAAAAAGAGAUUGGAUAAAUAUAUGAGUGAGAGGGGCUGGGUUUGAUUGGUGUCUGGGGUAUGGAAUUAAAUUCUUACGUAGCUUGGAAAAGGUUAGACAAAUACAUGGUUGAUUUUGAUAAGGACCUGCCAUGUAUGGGCCAGUAGGCCUGCUGUAGUGUUCCUCCAUUCUUAUGUGUGUGUGUGAGUGUGUGCAUGUGAGUGUGUGCAUGUGAGUGUGUGUGUGAGUGUGUACUAAAUAAUACUAAAACAGUCAGUCAUUGACAGACAUAGGUUAUGUCUCAACACUUUACAUACUCUGUCUUAAGUAUUUUUGUAGAAUAUUAUUGCUGUUUGAACAUUAAAAUGGUAUAAAAUACCGACAGGUUGUUAGGUAAGACACAUAUGCAACAGUUAGGUUGCAUAUGUGUCUUACCAUUAUUGCUGUUUUUCUACUACAAUUAUUAAGUUUUAUAUCAGACUAAGUUAAUAUAUGAAAUUAAUUUAUCUUUUUGUAUAUGUGUGUGUGUUUGUGUGUGCAUGUGUGUGUGUGUGUGUGUGUUUUGUGUGUGUUGUGUGUG